AUAAAACAUCAUUAAAUAGUAUACCUGAUCAACCAGUAGACAAGAUGCAAAUUGCUGUGAACAAUGUAGAGACAAGAUUUGAUGCAGAACAAGUUUUUUUAAAUGAAAUCGAUUCAAACAAUACUCCUAAGAAUAUUAAGGAAUUGUUGGACUCUUUUUUUGAGUGUGAUGCCUGAGUAUUGGUAUUAUAUACUUCAUGAUAACCAAUUAGUACUUGUUUAUACUGAUCCCUUUAGGGAAACCGAAAAACUUCGUGUUUUUAUACAAGAUGAUUUUUCAGUAAUGGUUUCAUUCAAGAAGAAAAGACAACUCAGCUUAAACUUGAAAGUUACUACUUCUGCAGAUCUUUCUAAGCUUCUUGCAGAAGUGAAGCGAACACCCGUUUGUGAAGGAACAGGAAUUGAAGAAACGAGCGUCUCUGGAAAUUGUCCCGGUCUCAUUCUGAACAAUUAUAAACGGCUACCACGGAAUCCGAGAUGUUUUGCAUGCCGCACUCUUCGUGAUCGACUCUUCACUAAAGCAGCUAGACAGCGUAGCUCUGCAAAUAAAAAAUACAAAUCUCAAAUACCACUGAAACGACUUAAAAACAAAUGUAAUCGCUUACAGAAAAAGUGUGCGUUGUUUAUAAGUCGUUGAUCCAGAUGGACCAACCUAGGGAACCUAGAUAUUUCAUAUAAAUUGAAACAGCGGAUUUUUUGUUCCCGUACCCUUUUAUGAUUUUUCAUAAGUAAAUACACUAAGUUAAGUCCUUGUUUUUCAAUUAUUUGUAUUGUACUUACGAAGGUCAUUUUGAAAUAAAGAAAAUAAUUCAAAAA